GGUGGUGGUGAGUGGAUGGAAAUUCGGCAAACAACAAAUAGAACGUCUAACGUCAUAACCAAAACUGCCGGUAUAUAUGAAUGAGUGAGUGGAGUGGGUGUGUGUGUUUUCGUUGACAUAGAAAUGACAUCAACUUAACACUCAUUUCCUAAGAUCUACAACCAAGAUAUCAACAAGAUAAUUUGUUUCAAUAUUUGAAGAUGGCGAGUCCUAUUCAUUGUAAGGCUUUAGCUAGCUCGACAGCCAUAAGCUCAAGAGGGUUGUUACCCAGAGUGCUCAGCAGACAGAGCAAACAGACUCAAUUGGGGAGCUUGAUAGCUCGUAGACACAAAUCUGGUCCGUAUGGAUAUACACAAGCCAAGGCACUUGUGUAUUCCAAGUAUGGGGAGCCGGUGGAUGUUUUAUCGUGAGUUUUCUUGGUCCUAUUUUCUUUCAUCUAUCUAUUCUGCAAUCAAUGCCGCCGUUCUAAUAAUGAUAAAAACAAUAGUCUUCACAGCCACUCCAUCUCCCCUUCUCUACCUUCAAAAUCCCUCCUUCUCCGUACCCUCGCAACGCCCAUAAACCCUGCCGACAUAAACCAAAUUCAGGGCGUCUACCCCUCCCGUCCUCCCUUCACCAGUCUCCUCGGAACCGAAUCUCCUUCCGCUGUAGGCGGCAACGAAGGCUGUUUUGAGGUCAUGUCUCUCGGGCCCGGCGUCUCGACUCUUACCAAAGGCGAUUGGGUAAUAAUGAAAUCGACUGGAUUUGGAACAUGGCGCACACAUGCUAUCGCGGAGGAAUCCGAGGUCCUCAAAAUUGGGAAUAAAGAGGGUCUGAACCCAAUCCAGGUGGGCACUGUGAGUGUUAAUCCGUGCACGGCAUAUAGGAUGUUAAAGGAUUUCGAGAGUAUGGUGGAGGGGGAUUGGUUUAUACAGAAUGGAGCGAAUAGUGGGGUUGGGAGGGCAGCCAUCCAGCUGGGAAAAAGGUGGGGGUAUAGGAGUAUUAAUAUUAUACGGGAUCGCGAGCGUGUUGAAGAGACUGAAGCUAUGAAGAAGGAAUUGCUGGAGCUGGGUGCUACGAAAGUGGUGACAGAGUCGGAAUUGAUGGCGCAAGGUUUCAGAGAUCAGGUUAAGGAUUGGACGAAUGGAGGAAGGGAAAAGGUUCGAGUGGGGUUGAAUUGUGUCGGUGGAAAGGCAACAAGUGCAUUAAUCAAAUGUUUGAGUCAUGGUGGCCAUUUGGUUACAUAUGGAGGAAUGUCGAAGAAACCACUGGAGAUCUCUACUGCAGCUCUGAUUUUCAAGGACACCAAGUUUAGUGGGUUUUGGGUCAGUAGGUGGAGCGAUGCGCAUCCAGACGAGAAGAAGAAAACGGUGGAUGAGAUUUUGGAGAUGACAAGGAUGGGAAUGUUUAAGGACAUUCCCGUCCAAGAACUCAAGUGGGAUUGGGAGACGAAGGAAGACGUUUUGAAGUCAGCAGUGAAGGGAACUUUAGAGGGAUUUAGGAGUGGAAAGGGAGUAUUCGUUUAUGGGGACACAUAGUGAUGGGGAAGCAUGAAAUAAUUUCUAUCAGGUGUUUUAUUUUGUUUCUGUAUCUGAAUGCGGUGAUCUUGGUAUUGAAGACCUGGGCUUUAACUAAUUCCAUUGCUUUCUAUACACUUGGGACAGAAAACAUUUAAAGAACAGAGUUGGAGUCGACAUGACCUAAAGUGUGUCCUAAAUGACCAAAAUCCCAAGCGAGAAUUUUCAAGGAAAUAGAAGGCG